AUGACCAUCAGCGUGGGCAUCAACGGAUUCGGCCGCAUUGGCCGUAUCGUUUUCCGCAAUGCCAUUGAGCACGGCGAGGUCGACGUCGUCGCCGUCAACGACCCGUUCAUCGAGCCGCACUACGCUGCCUACAUGCUCAAGUACGACUCCACCCACGGCGUGUUCAAGGGUGACGUCACCGUCUCCGGCAGCGACCUGGUGAUCAACGGCAAGACGAUCAAGUUCUACCAGGAGCGCGACCCGGUCAACAUCCCGUGGAAGGACACCGGUGCUGAGUACGUUGUCGAGUCGACGGGUGUGUUCACGACGACGGCGAAGGCGUCUGCCCAUCUGAAGGGUGGUGCCAAGAAGGUGAUCAUCUCGGCCCCGUCGGCCGAUGCGCCGAUGUACGUUGUCGGUGUGAACGAGGACAAGUACGACGGCAGCGCAGACGUGAUCUCGAACGCGUCUUGCACGACCAACUGCCUGGCGCCCCUGGCCAAGGUUCUGAACGACAAGUUCGGCAUUGUUGAGGGUCUGAUGACGACUGUGCACUCGUACACGGCGACGCAGAAGACGGUGGACGGCCCCUCGGCCAAGGACUGGCGGGGUGGCCGCGGUGCGGCACAGAACAUCAUCCCCAGCAGCACUGGUGCGGCCAAGGCUGUCGGCAAGGUGAUUCCGGAGCUGAACGGCAAGCUGACGGGCAUGUCGCUGCGUGUGCCGACGGCCAACGUGUCGGUUGUCGACCUGACUGUGCGCCUGGAGAAGGGCGUCUUGGGCUACACCGAGGACGACGUUGUGUCAUCUGAUCUGAACGGCAACAACAACUCGUCGAUCUUCGAUGCCAAGGCCGGCAUCUCGCUGAACCCCAACUUCGUCAAGGUGGUCAGCUGGUACGACAACGAGUGGGGCUACUCCCGCCGUGUCCUGGACCUGAUCGUCAAGGUUGCGGCUGUCGACGCCAAGAAGUAA